AUGUCAUCCAGACCUGGCAGCAUGAGAAACUAUGAGACCAGCGGCCAGUCACAACAUCAUUCAACUUCCCCACCAGUCCCAGAGCCUAGUGACACUGAGACUGAAGGUCUGAUCUUUUAUCACAUGGAUCUUUAUGGAUCAAAGGAGAGGUUUGAUAUCUUUCCUGAAGAGCCCUCUGGUCGAGGAGACAGAUCUCUGGGGGAUACAAGAAGGGAAUCUGCACUGAGUAGUGAAAAAGUUCAGCACCCACAAGAAGUUGGCUAUGACUUGGAAAAGGAGGUUGCAGAGUUGGCUAAGAUGUAUGGACUUGAUGAGGAUAGAGAAAAAGAGCUCGAGCUUCUUGGAGGACAUCUGGAGAAGGUGGAGAGCAGAUGGCCACCAGCUCGCACAGAAAAAGCAGGAUUACAAGGCUCCAUAUAUAACAUAUCAAAAAGCAGCUCUUCAGUGAAAGAUCCAAGUCAAAGCACAAAGCAACAAGGACUUCCUGAUGAGGCUUCUCAAGGUGAAAAUCAGAGCAAAGCCAGAGCAGAUGAUGAGGCUGAGAGCAGCAUAUGGUCCAGAGGGGGGCUAAGCAGUGGCGGCGUGUCAGACGAGUGGAACAGUCAGGCUGUCAGUGAGGAGGAGGAAGAGGAGGAAGAGGAAGAGGAAGAAGCAGCAGAUGUUUUUUGUUCCACCUGCAAGAUACCAAUCCGAGCUUUUGACAAACUAUUUGGAGAACACAAGGAUCACGAGGUUGCUCAGCUCCCCAGUGCUGUGGAAAGUGAAAAGGAGGAGAUCCAUAAAAACAUGUGCAAGUUGGAAGAACAGAUUGCUCAGAUGGAAAAUGUUGCCAGCCAUUUGGAGGAAAUCUUCAUCACUGUAGAGGAAAAUUUUGGGAGGCAGGAGCAGAACUUUGAGGUGCAUUACAACGAUGCAGUGCAAGUGCUUGCUCAGAAGUAUGAAGAGCAGCUGGAAGCACUGGGAGAAGAGAAGAGGCAGAAGCUGGAAGCUCUGUAUGAGCAGCUGGUCAGUUGUGGGAAACAUCUUGACACAUGCAAGGAGCUGACGGAUGAAACCCAGGAGCUUUUCCUGGAAAAUGACAAAGCUGAAUUUAUGAAGGCAGCAGUAACCAUGGUUGACAGACUGCAAGAAUUCUUAAAGCAAGAAGUGAAUUUAGAGCUUUCAACACUGCCAGACUUUGAAGAGCGGGUCAUAGAUGUCUCUGAAGUUGAACAACUAAUGAACUCCAUUAAUGCUAUUCCAGCUCCUUGUGCCCCUGUGAUCAAUCCCCAGGCUCCCAAUGCAGCAACUGGCACUUCACUGAGAGUUUGCUGGGGCCUCUUCUCAGAUGACACUGUGGAGUGCUACCAGCUGUGCUACCAGCCCGUGAGCAAUGAGAGGCACAGUGAUGGGCAAGCAGAGCAUACACUAAAAGUCAAAGAAACAUACUGCACCAUUACUGAUCUGUUGCCAAAUACACAGUAUGAAUUUUGGGUCAGUGCUUUAAAUGCCUCUGGUAUCAGUCCACCAAGUGAAAGAGCAGUUUAUGUAACAGCUCCUUCACCACCUAUCAUAAAGAAUAAAAAGAUCCAAAGCUGUGAAAAUGCAGCACUGGUGUGCUGGGAAUCCAGAGACAUUAACCCUGUUGAUUCCUACACAGUUGAAUUGUCCAAGCUGACAGAUGAAGAAAAUGAGGAUAUUAUUACUGAAUCUAUUGUUGGGAUCCCUAACUGUGAAGUCCUAAUUCACCUCCAGCCAACACAAAAGUAUCACAUCUGUGUCAGAGCCCAAAACCUGGGUGGCUCCAGUGAAAGAAGUGAACCUGUCCUGAUACACACCACAGGCACCUGCUUCUACCUUAAUGAGGACACAGCCCAUCCUUUACUGGCAAUUCUAGAUGAUGGAUUUACCAUUUCAUGUGAUGAACUGGAAAACCCAGAGUGUGAUCUGCCUGUCUAUGAUAACAGCUUUACAAGAUGUAUUGCAAUCCUGGGCAGUCUGAUCCCAUUUCCAGGAAAGCAUUACUGGGAGGUGGAAGCUGAGGAAGAUACAGAGUACAGAAUUGGUGUGGCUUUUGAGAACACUCCGAGACAUGGUCACCUGGGGGCAAACAACUCAUCCUGGUGCAUGAGGCACAUCAUCACACCCUCCAGGCACAAGUAUGAAUUCCUGCACAGUGGGAUGACACCUGACAUCAGAAUUACUGUUCCCCCCAGAAGGAUUGGCAUUCUGCUGGACUAUGUGAACUGCAGACUGUCAUUUUUCAAUGCAGAUAUUGCCCAGCACCUUCACACAUUCAACUCACACUUCCAGCAUUAUGUCCACCCCUGCUUUGCACUGGAAACACCUGGUAUCUUAAGGAUACAUACUGGAAUUACAACACCCCCAUGGACUGCCCUGCCAUAACCUGUGUUCUGCAGCUGCCACACCCCUGUGUAACCUGCCCUGAGCAAUGCCCUCUUUCAGCAUUAACUGCACCAUCACACUCCCUAUGAGCCAACUGUUUCCCCCUAGUACGAGCAAAGAAACCCUGACCCAAACCAGCUGCCAAGC